AUGGCUACCCCACCUAGCUUUCUCGUGCUAGAGUAUACCAUUGAGGUAACCUCUUACGAGGGCCUGGUGUGGGAUUUGAAUAAGGUGGUUCUCGGGGCCAAGACCCAAGCUGAGGAGGAGUUCCGUCGCUCAUAUCGUCUGAAAGACGAUCCGGUGCGACUGUUUCGUGAUCCGGAGUCUGACGAACGCUCCAGAUUAACAGCUACAAUUGUGGAGCUUCGUGAAAAGCAAGGCCAAGGAGAGGAUAAUUUAAUUAUUCGCAAUUUUUGUGUCGUCUGA